UGGACACGCGCGCACAGACUCCGGCUAGAGCCGCCCUUGGUGUCAGUGGCCGGGCUCCCGCGUCCGCCCCAGCUGCGGAGCCGCCUUAGCACCUGUCGGUCGCUGAGUCCCGGAGCCGGCGCCCCUGACUCCGUCGGGGCCAGGAAGGGGGGCCAUGGUUUCCCUGCCCAGGUCCCCAGCGACCAACUUGCUGCGGUUUUUGUUCCUGGGGCUGAGUACCCUCGCGUCCCCCUCGCAGGCCCAGCUGGAGCUCCACGUGCCCGCUGGCCUCACCAAGCUGAAGGCGGUGGAAGGAGCAGAAGUAGUGCUCCCGGUGUGGUACACCCUGCAAGGGCAGGUGUCCUCUGGCCAGACGUGGGAGUUGCUCGCCGUGAUGUGGUUCUUGGAACAAGAAGGGAAGGAUCUGAACCAGGUGUUGGCGUACAUCAGCAGGACCACGACAAGCAAACCUGGGGUAUCCCUGGUCUACUCCAUGCCCUCCCACAACGUGUCGCUGCGGCUGCAGGGCCUCCAGGAGAAAGACUCUGGGUCCUACCGCUGCUCUGUGAAUGUGCAAGACCAUCAAGGCAUAAAUAGGAGCCACAGCAGCAAAACUUUAGAACUCAGUGUGCUGGUUCCUCCAGCUCCUCCGUCCUGCCGUCUCCUGGGUGUGGCCCGUGUGGGGACCAACGUGACCCUGAGCUGCCAGUCCCCCAGGAGUAAGCCAGCUGCCCAAUACCAGUGGGAGCGGGCACCCCCAUCCGCCCAGGUUUUCUUUGCACCAGUUUUAGAUGCCAUCCGAGGGUCUUUAACCCUCACAAACCUUUCCAGUUCCAUGUCCGGAGUCUAUAUCUGCAAGGCCCACAAUGAGGUGGGCAGUGCCCAGUGCAAUGUGACCUUGGAAGUGAGCACAGGGCCAGGGCCUGCUGUUGUUGCUGGAGCUGUUGUAGGCACUCUGGUUGGACUAGGACUGCUCGCUGGGCUGGUCCUCUUGUACCAUCGCCGGAGCAAGGCCCUAGAGGAGCCGGCCAAUGACAUUAAGGAGGACGCCAUUGCUCCCCCGACCCUGCCCUGGCCCAAGGGCUCAGACACAAUCUCCAAGAACGGGACCCUUUCAUCUGUCACCUCAGCACGAGCCCUCCGGCAACCCCAAGGUCCUCCCAGGCCUGGUGCACUGACCCCCACACCCAGCCUUUCCAGUCAGGUCCGGCCCUCACCCAGGCUGCUCAGGACAGAUGGGGCCCACCCUCAGCCAACAUCCCCCAGCCCUGGUGGGGUGUCUUCCUCCACUCUGAGCCGCAUGGGUGCUGUCCCCGUAAUGGUGCCCGCCCAGAGUCAGGCUGGGUCUCUGGUGUGAUGGUCCAGCCACUUGUUAGCUAAGCUAUCUGGUUUAUCCCCUUCUUCUAGCGGUCACCCCUAGUACAGAGGCCUGAGUCUUGGGAGACCAUCUUCUAACCUCCAGUCCUCUGCCCCCACCUUUCUUUCCUAUGGGAAAACUGAGUCUCAGUUAAGACUCAAAUUUUCAGGAGGUAGAAGGGGAAGUGGACCUCAGAUUAUGAAGAGCGUCCGCCCCCUUGCCCAGUUCUCUCAGUGGCUCUAGUGAAUGCUGCUGAGGUUGGCUACCUGCCCACUGGGGCCCUGGUGGGGACUGCCAGUCAGGGAGUCCUCCAGGCCCCCUUGAUCUGUACUCCACCCCAUCUAACAUCACCCUUCACUCCUGAGCCAGCUCCCUGCAUUCAGAUAACCUGUCCUGCUGGCUUGGCUGGGUUUUGCUGGGGCAGGGGAUAGAGAAGGUAUUUUUUAAACUAACUUGAAAUGUCUGUUUUUGUUUUUAUUUUGCAAAUUUUAAUAAAGAUGCAUUGUGUUUGUAUGGAAA